UACACUUAGGCUGUUACACCAAUUACAAUUGUGACGUAGGGAAAUGCUGUAGGAGUUUCAAUAAAACAAGGGAAGAGAUAUUUAAUCAAAGCCAAACCCAUAUGCAUGACCAUCCAGGAUGGUAUGACUGGUGUCCGCCUGUUUACGGUAUUUGCGAGAAAAUAGGAGCAGAAGGAGAAAGAUGCAUCGUUGACGAGGUAGAAACAGGAAUUAAGGACCUGUACUAUGACUGUCCAUGUGCAAGUGGCUUAGUAUGUAACGGGACUGGCAUAGAUGUUAUCGAUAGAGGAGAACUGGGUGUCUGUGUGCCUGUAGAGAUAUUAAAAACAACUGUGAAUCAGUCAUGUUCUUCCGGUGACGACUGCGCAGACUUAGAGUGUUGUGUCAGUAACGAUCGACCAAUCGGAGAACAGUCUUUACAUGGACAUUGCUCCAGUAUGGGAAACGUUGGUUCUGAAUGUCCUGUAGAAAUGGGUUCUGGGAAACCAAACGACACUGUACUCUCUUGUCCAUGCUUAUCUGGAUUGAAAUGCAAUGGUACUGGAAUGGACGAAAUGGACGAUGUACCACUGGAUGAAAUGGGAAAAUGUGUAACUGCAUGAAAUAUCCGGUCGACUACAGAAAAAGAGUUGAAAUCAAUUUUCUAAAAUCAAAUAAACUUCAUUUCUUCA